AUGACCUCUGAACCCUUCAAACUGAAAGGCCUCUCUAGACAAGCCUGCAACGACUUCAUCAGAGAUGCUGGAAUAAGGCUACAGGAUCGCUUAGCCAGAGAGGCUGAGGAAAAGGCCAGGAAGGAAGCAGAAGAGAAAGCUCGCCUAGAAGAAGAGCAAAUAAUUAGAGAAGUUGAAGAGAAGGAUAUUGUUGAAGCUGCUGCUAUUGUGGCUACUGUUGAGGCUGAGGCAAAAGCAAAAACCGAAGCUGAAGAAGCAGCAUGCAUUGCUGCAGAGGAAACUGCCAAGGCCAAUGCUGAUACUUUGACUCAGGGGGAGCAAUCUAACUCUGAUUUUUCCCCUUUGGUCUUAAAGACUUUGGAGGAACUGCAAAAGGAACAACAAGUGAUACGAGUAAGGUUGCAUCACCAGGAUUCCGUCAACACCAACAUUCAGAAUCUGCUGACUCAGUUGUUCCAAAGGAUGCCUCUGCCCCCAAACCCUUAG